AUGUUAGCCAAAAGGUCGAUAUUUCCCAAGAUGGUGUCCGAAGGGCUUCAAAAUUUACACAUCUCGGUUCCCACAGCAGUAGAUGAUAUACAAGCGCGUUCAAACUCAUCAGGAAGACCGAACCAGGCUGUCACAAAGCCCAUAUCGUUAGACGCAGAAACAGGAGAGGUCCUGGUAAGGAAAUCCACUGGUAAGACGAAAAUCCGCAAGGGUCAAAGCUCUGAAGAGUACGAAAACGAGAAAAGUCAUUUUUUUGACGUAGAAAAGGGACCUGUAUGGACUCCCGUAGGUUGGAUGACCAAAGAAGUUCCUCUGCCAAAGAAAAACUCAGAGUCCGUGCCUGAUCUUACGUUGAAACAAGCCAGGCAAAAGCUUAUGGGAUAUUGUCAUAUAUUAUACUAUCGGAAGCGGUAUCAUGAAUGUGCUCAGGCUUGCGAAAGCUUGAUCACACAGUUUGAGAACCUCGAAAGUAGGAAAAGGGUUCAAAAGGAAAUCGACGAGCUGAAGGGAAUGCUAGAGCAGUCGAGGACAAAGCAUGUAUAA